CGCGGGGGCUGUCGGGACGGCUCCAAGAUGGCCGGGCGCUUGGAUUCCGCAUCUGCUGGCGGCCCCGAGCCCCAUUCACUGCCGCCGCUGCUGAGCGGAGCCGCCAGUCGGCCCAGCGACUCCUGGGGCUGUCCCUGCGGGACGGAAGGCCGCCAUGGCGACCCUGGAAAAGCCGGUGAAGGCCUUGGAGUCCCUCAAGUCCUUCCAGCAACAGCAGAGGCCGCCUCAGCCCCCUCAGCCGGCCCGCCGCCGCCGCCGCCUCAGCUCACCUCAGCCGGAACCGCCGCCGUCGCCUCAGGCCCCUCAGCCGGUACCGCCGCCGCCUCAGGCCUCUCAGCUGGUACCGUCGCCUCAGGCCUCUCAGCCGGUACCGUCGCCGCCUCAGCCCCCUCAGCCGGCGCCGCCGCCCGCCGGGCCGUGGCCCAGGAGCCGCUGCACAGACGGAAGAUUAAAAUGCACGUUCAUAACAUCAAGAAAAUCACAAGCGUUUACGAUGUAAUCAGAACUAUCUGAGGAGCUGUGAAACUUGGUGAGUUGGUGAAUUUUUUAAAAUGUCUUAAAACAUUUUGUUUUUACAAAGAUUACAGGAGUAAGAGAAGAUGAAUUUU